CGGGUACCUGCCGCUCCUCUCUCCGCCUGAGCCGCCUUCCCUUCAGCUAACCUGCAGUCCGGCAUCAUUCCGCCUCCGCAUCCCGUCUGACAGCGUCGUGGACCUUUAAACCAAACAAGGCUCAAAGAUGUCUCAGAAGAUCAAGGCCGGCUCCGUGGUGGAGAUGCAGGGAGACGAGAUGACUCGAGUCAUCUGGGAGCUCAUUAAGGACAAACUCAUCUUCCCUUACCUGGAGCUCGACCUGCACAGCUAUGACCUCGGUAUGGAGAACCGAGAUGCAACAGACGACCGGGUGACGGUUGAGGCGGCGGAGGCAGUCCGCCGUUACAACGUGGGCAUCAAGUGCGCCACCAUCACGCCAGACGAGAAGCGCGUGGAGGAGUUCAAGCUUAAGCAGAUGUGGCGUUCGCCCAACGGCACCAUCCGUAACAUCCUGGGAGGCACGGUGUUCAGGGAGGCCAUCAUCUGCAAGAACAUCCCCCGCCUGGUGCCGGGAUGGAUCAAGCCCAUCAUCAUCGGCAGGCACGCUCAUGGAGAUCAGUACAAAGCCACAGACUUUGUGGUGUCAGGGCCCGGCAAAGUGGAGAUGACCUACACACCUGCAGAUGGUGGAGCGCCAGUUAAACACGUCAUCUACGAGUUUGUAGGCAAAGGCGGUGUAGCGAUGGGGAUGUACAACACAGAUGAGUCCAUCAGGGACUUUGCUCACAGCUCCUUCCAGAUGGCUCUGACCAAAGCUUGGCCUCUGUACCUCAGCACCAAGAACACCAUCCUGAAGAAGUACGACGGUCGCUUCAAGGACAUCUUCCAGGAGAUCUACGAGAAGGAAUACCGGGCUCAGUUUGAGGCCAAAGGCAUCUGGUAUGAGCACCGUCUGAUCGACGACAUGGUGGCCCAGGCCAUGAAAUCAGAGGGAGGCUUCAUCUGGGCCUGCAAGAACUACGACGGAGAUGUACAGUCUGACUCUGUGGCACAAGGCUACGGCUCGCUGGGUAUGAUGACCAGCGUGCUUAUCUGUCCUGAUGGACGCACAGUGGAGUCUGAGGCCGCCCACGGCACGGUGACUCGCCACUACAGACAACACCAGCAGGGCAAAGAGACCUCCACCAACCCCAUAGCCUCCAUCUUUGCGUGGACGCGGGGCCUGCUCCACCGGGCGAAGCUGGACAACAACACAGAGCUGCGAAAGUUCGCCGAGGCGCUGGAGGCCGUUUGCAUCGAGACCAUCGAGGCCGGUUUCAUGACCAAGGACCUGGCUAUCUGCAUCAAAGGCCUGCCAAACGUGACACGUGCCGACUACUUGAACACCUUCGAGUUCCUGGACAAGCUGGGAGAGAACCUGAAGAUUAAACUGGCCAACCAGCCCAAACUGUGAUCUCACCCCACAGCCUCAGCCAUUAAACACAGACACACACACACACACACACACACACACACACACACACACACAGAGACAACUACACGACCACAGGAGUCACGACCACAGGAGUCAUCACCGGAGCGGGGAGGAGUGUCCCGGGACUCCAGAUCCACGACUGAUACCGAGUCACUCCGUGACUGGAGCGUGACCGAGCAGGGUGCCUUGUCCAGCAGGUGUGUCGGCCGUCAUCCCGGUUAAUGUGUCACCAGUGAAAACAUUAACAGUGUCCGGGACUGACCGCGGGCGAAUGACCUGGCGGCUCAGCGACCUUGUUUACCCGAAUUGCACUACGUCCCCUGAAGUGAGUGUGUGUUGUCAGUAUUUGUUGGUGAUGCGUGCAGCAGACGGGGGACGGGAUCCGUGCGCAGGAGCCUCCGGACUCUCACUGCCUUAUUCGUUUUGUGUCAAAGUCAUCGGUUGAUUCUUGUCGUCUUCUUUUGUCUUGUAAUCUUUUUAAUAAUACCUCAAGCGAUGUUUUAUGUUUUAGUGCCAGCUCGAAACCACAGCGGCAGCACCGUCAGCCAGCUUUUAACUCUCUGAAAACUAAAGCAGUUUAGCUUGAUUUCUUUCAAAAAACAUGGAGAGAAGGCAAUGAGCAAC